AUGAACAGCCAAUAUAUACGUCAUGAGGUGCGGGGAUGUGAAACUAGUGACCUGAGGAACUUCUGGGAAAAGACUAUUGAACAGCAAACGCGUUAUCUGCAAAUUGAAAAAGAACGUCAACGAAGAAGUGCUCUGACAAGGCUCAGAAAUGAAUGGAUGGAGAGGCUGGAAAAACGGAUAAAGAUGUUGAGGACCCAACCUGAAGACCCAUCUAGCUGA